CCCUGGCCAGUGCCAAUGAUUCACUGUGUCAACAUUUAGAAUCUAGUUAAAGAUCAAUAGCUGAGCUUGUGGGGAAAGCCACCAUUUUAGCAGACACCCACAGAAAACGAAAAGUCUAGCUGAUCCCAGUUCACUCCCUUCAACUUCUACCUGGAGCGGAGGGAUGUCACAGUCUGACGGUUGGCUCCUCACAGUACUACUGGUCUCUGUCUGUUCCCUGUUUGAAUCAAAAGUGUUUCUGGAGCAGAGGGAUGCAGGGCAGCUGCUCCGAGGGGCCCGGCGACCCAGGGCCAACUUCUUCCUUGAGGAGAUGAUGCCCGGCAACCUGGAGCGGGAGUGCUAUGAGGAAAUCUGCUCCCAGGAGGAGGCUGCCGAGAUCUUCCAGACCAAGGAGAAGACGAUGGAGUUUUGGUAUAGGUAUAAGAAUCUAAAUCCUUGCCACUACAACCCAUGUAAGAAUGGAGGAAUCUGCACCAUCGAUCGGGAUGGAUACCUCUGUCUGUGUCCCCCACGCUACGAUGGGAAAACCUGUGCAAUAGAGGUAUUUGAGUGCCAGUUUAAGAAUGGCGGCUGUCUGCAUUACUGCACCAAUCAGGAGCGCACCACAGGGGUCCAGUGCAGCUGUGCAGAGGGCUACCAGUUAGAUGAAGACGGCAAGACCUGCUCUGAAGCAGUGUCGUUCCCUUGUGGGAAGAAGCAGAGUGAGGUUUCCCUGCAUCGCUCUCUGCUGGACGAGUCUGAGGCCUUGACCCUCCGCAACUCUGACGGGAACCUCAACAUCUCCAUGGAGGGAGAAGGGAACUCAACUUCCACCCUGUCUGGGAUUAACUCAACCCAGCCAGGGGGGAACAGCACUGAAUACAUGGAGGGUGUUAAUGACGACAACCGGAUAGUGGGAGGGCAGCUGGAGAGGCAGGGAGGAAGCCCAUGGCAGGUCAUGCUCUGGAGGGAGGAUGGGUAUGGCUUCUGUGGGGGAACUCUGAUCAGUCAGCGGUGGGUGGUCAGUGCCGCACACUGCAUGCAGGAAACCCCUGACCAUGUGACUAUCGGGGACUAUGACAAGCGGCGUCCCGACCCAGACGAGCAGAAGAUCAAAGUGGCGAAGGUCGUCGUCCACCCUCACUUCCAUGACUACACCUUCGAUAGCGACAUUGCUCUCGUCUACCUCUCUGCCCCUGUGACGCUGAGCCCUGUGGCGGUGCCCGCCUGCCUUCCCAAUGGUCAGCUGGCUCACCACCUCCAGCGGGAGGAUGUGAGGGGCAUGGUCACAGGCUGGGGCGCCACACAGUACCUGGGGCGCUCCUCACGCUUCCUGAGGAAAGUUGCUCUGCCCGUGGUCGACCAGCAGAAGUGCAUCCGCUCCACGGAGCAGGUCAUCACAGACAACAUGUUCUGUGCGGGCUACCUGGAGGCCAGCUUGGAUGCCUGCAGUGGGGACAGUGGAGGUCCCUUUGUGGUCAACUACCGCGGGACCUGGUUCCUCACAGGGGUGGUGAGCUGGGGGGAGAAGUGUGCCGCCAAGGGGAAGUAUGGCAUCUACACCCGGCUAGGGAACUACCUGCACUGGAUACAAGAUACUAUAGAAAGGCAGGUGCAUAACAGUUCACAUACCUGAGGUGCAGCUCGGAGACAAUCCCAAUUCAUUCCCUACCCCUUGGCCCUUCGAUGAUUGCAGCUUUGAUCAUCUGAAGGGUCUGGAUAAGUGCAAGCAGUUUAGUGGAGGCGCUUCUACCAUGUGUAAGCAUUCUACCAUGCUUACACACCUGCGAAGAUCGAAGGGUUAGGGCCAAGGAACAAAUUGGGAGUGGCUGAUAAUGAAUUCCAAGUCAAACUCUAGCCCCUAAACAAUUUAUGUAGAUUGGAUCUGAUAGGCAUUAACUUUUAAUUGCCCUCUGAGGAGGAAUUUAAACUAUAUAGGGUACAACUGUCCAAUCCUUUUAGCUCUACAGAAAUGCACAAGUUAUGGAAUAUGUUCAGAGGUUACACUGCAUUUUAAGUCAUGAUGUAUAAAUUGGAUAUCAUGUCAGAACAUUGCAGAUAGAAAUGCAAUGAAUAGAGCUUCAACCAGUUACCUUAUUUAAUUUUAUUGUGAAUAACAUAUUACAAGUUACCAAAGAUUUGACCACAUGCAUAUUGUUCAUCAGGUACGAUUUUGGUUCCCAGAGCACUUUCAGUUUCCCUGCCCCAUUAAAAACAAUGUACCCCCAAGUAAUGCAACGUUUUAGGACUUAUGAAACUUAACAGUACAUGUGUUGCAAUAAGUAGUUUGAAUUAUUUCACUCAAAUCAAUGCGUCAUGUUUAAGACAUCAACAGUAGUGAAAUGAGAUUGAUAUAGUUCAAGGCCAUAGGUAACCUCUCUCAAAUAAAGAAGAGAAAUCAA